ACAGUGCAAGAGAUUCUCAUAAAUGAAACCAGAAAGUGACAUUUAAGCUCGUACCGUGCAUUGCCCGAGGCCUAUUUUAUGUCCUCUGUGCGUUUUCUACAUGUACAUGGCAUGCAUGCAUGUUUUCCUUCCUCCAUGGACGUACAUGUACAUAGUAUACGAUUACGAUUAUAAAAACCGGUCUCGGUCUUCUCCGUCACGGUCCUUGCUCUUGCACACUCAAUGUCUCUAUGAAAUGAAGAGAUGAACGGCACUGUCAAAGAUCGUCCAUUAGACUCAGCAUACAUCGAUCCCUACUACCUCAAGAAUGACUCCAGUGGGUUUAAAAGGUUCCACUUCUCUGAGGUGCCUCAUUAUCUGCAAGGAAAUCCAUUUAUUCAUCGUGGAUACUUCUCCCAGUUGUCCUAUAAAAAAUGUAUCCAAAGCACCUUUCUGUGGUCCAACGAGACUGUGAAUGUGUGGAGUCACCUUAUCGGAUUCCUGAUCUUCUUGGCUCUGAUGAUAUACGAUAACCUCGUUACCAUCCCAAAGUUGAAUGGAGUGUUGAAUGACCACCUGAUAUACACUCUCUACCUGUCGUGUUUCCAGGUUUGUAUGCUGUGCUCAGCCGGAUUCCACCUGUUCCGUGUUCACUCCGAGGAGGUGUCCAAGCGUUGGCUCAGUCUGGACUUGGCUGGCAUCUCUGUUGGCAUGCUGGGAUGUUACCUCCCUUCUGUCUACUAUGGGUUCUUGUGCUUUCCGUUCUGGAAGAACAUCCACAUGGUGAUCGUGAUGCUCCUUCUGAUCAUGACGCUGAUCGUACAGCUGCACCGUCGAUUCCUGACGUCCGCGUGGGCCACCAGACGGCUCCUACUGUUCGUCGUGUCUGUCGCCUACGGCGUCGGGCCGAGUGUACACUGGAUAUUUCUCUACGGAGGCUUCAAGGAAGAAAUAGUUCUGGUUUUUAUUCCUAAACUGGUCCUGAUGUACUCCUUAGCAAUCCUAGCCCUGUUUUUUUAUGCCAGCCAAUUUCCAGAACGUUGCUUCCCAGGUAAAGUAGACUACAUCGGCUCCAGUCAUCAAUGGUGGCAUAUCAUCAUUGUCACUGUGUUUCUCUGGUGGCAUCAAGUUGGAAUAGAUCUAGCCGAAUACAGGACCAACUAUCCAUGCCCCAGCGAUAACAGGGAUCCGUCUUCUUCAUAGCCUAAACCCUGUGAUAUCCCCAGUUGAUAGUAACUCCUCCCCCAAUUUCCCUGCCACUGCAUCCCUACCGUUUCCCAAGUUGGAACAAAAUCAGUGAAACACUAAGAAGUCGUUAUGUCGUUCAUUUUGUUUUGAAAAUGGCCUUGAUUGUACAUUCGCACAGUUCCUUCUCUCAUUCCUAUUUGACUUACGGAUAUAACCCUUGGGUGCCGCAGAGCAAACUGUGUUUCACGGUACCCAAGUCUAAGGGUAGCCCGAGUGUCGCCCUUUCUGCUCUGCCAUGUGCUCCAUGCAAGAGAGCAUCUGUUACAUAGAUUCAGUCCAAGCUACGUAUCCCAAAGCUACUUCCCGACCCCUAUGACAACGUACGCAUACAUCGCCACCCCAACUUCAGUUGUAAUUGCAAUUUUAAUUAGUCAGAUAUGCAUUUUAUGGUAAUUUACCACGCACUAAGUAACUGUUCAUUUUGAAACAUCUUGCCAAAGAGUUUUGUUGCCUCAUUUGUUUCUCGGAGUAAAUUAGGAUUUACAACAUUUUUGUGAGAUUACUUCCUGCGGCACAUGACAUUAAAAAACUACUGCGUUGUACACCCCAUUUGAGUGCCCAUAUAAAUGACUGACAAUGACUUUAAAGGCCUACCCUCAUCAUAAGGCCAAAUGCACAGUGCUAAUAUCUACUGGAAGCAAUAUUUUCUUGCCAAAGAUUUUGCACCUUUAUUUAAGUUUAAGAUUGAACUGUCAGGUUUGUUAACAAGUGCUGGAUUUUUUUUAAACCUGUAUAAAGAUGUUGCUUACAUUUGUCCCUGAGUAGCAAUUUGGUCAAAAAAUUAACCAUCAGGACAAGUAUCGAUGUCUCUAUUUUAAACAGAAUGCUGUAUACUGACUUCUCAUCAAGUUCUUAUCAAGAUCGGUCCAAAAUGCUUUUCUGCAGCUGGCCGUGAAACCUCCACAGGGAGUUGAUUUUACUUCUUUCAUGGAUGCAUGCGAUGGCAGUUGUUGAGUGUUUUGAAAACAGCCUAAGAGAGCCGCUAAAGAAAAUUGGCAAAUGCAAAGGUUAGCACCGUGUUGAGGUACAUGUAUAUCGGGACAGUUUCAAACCAGGAGUUUAAAUGCGAGUUGUUUGCCAAGUCAUUCUUCAGAGUGAUUUAAUAACUGUUCGAAAUUUGAAGAAAAAUCUAUGAGAAUCCUCUAGCUAAACCCAAAUUAUGAUUUUGAUACCAUGGAAUACCGGUAUAUUAUUUUAUUGACUUCAAUAUUUAGAAGCAAAUGAAUAUCAGUCCUGUGGAAUUUGUAAGCUCACUGUUCUGUUUGAUUUUUAUUUUAUUUUUAAUGCAUAUCGAUGCAUGUAAAUAUUAUCGUCGGUUUAAAAUGUUUAAAAUUGCUGUGAUUGUAAGCAAAUAUUUGAACGAAUGCACAUCAUGCAGAUGUUCCAAUAAAGAAUGUCUUAUACAUAUAUAGAAAGAUUGUUGUUUUGCCAGAAAGUUCCAGCAUUUCAGUCUGUAGAAUAUGUGACAGUUGGGAUGACGGUAUGUUGAAUUUUUCUGUGGAUUUUCAUCCAGUGGUUGGUUAAUAGCACCCUCAAGUUGGGUACGUUGUAAACAUGAAUCACCUACACACGUAGGACUCUGCUUAACUUUGGAUGGUUGAUUUUCGUGCCUAGCCCAUGCAAUUCUGCCGAGAGUUUUAAUGUGAUCUUUUGUGUUUACCUGGUAUAAUAAUAUAAAUCAUACAUAAAGUAGAAAUAAAAAACACUACAAAUUCUAAAGAGAUUUGAGAUGAUUUUCCACGAAUGUGGACAGGUAGACAUCUUACCAGGAUGGGACACCAUCGGAGAUGAGGCAAUGUGGAGACUGGCUUUGGGCUUAUUUGAAAUGAUGUUGGGGGCCAAAAAAAAUAAUUUAAAACCUAACAUACGGUCCCAAAAUCCUAGUAUAGCCUUUAUUUCGUAAUAUUAUGUUUU